ACUUUCUUUGGUACAAUGGGAAAUGUGUUGAUUUUAGUAUCUGUUAGCAGCAUCAUUAAGAUGAGAUCGUAUGAGUAUAUUUUCAUCGGAAAUCUGGCAUUUUCAGACAUGUAUGUGACGUUGAUUGCGGACCCAAUGAAUAUUGUCAGUAAAUUGGAAGGAGAAAGGUUUUUCCACUCAUAUCCGCGUCUAUGUCCAGCAAUUGCAUAUCUGUGCACCAUAUCCUGUAUAAAUUCCCUUGGUUCUAUAACUCUAAUGAGCUUCAGUCGCUACAUUUUCACCUGCCACAGCAAAUAUUACAAUAACAUUUUUUCAAAAAGAUCAUGUAUUGCGAUGUGUUUUGGCCUCUAUCUUAUUGGUAUUUUACUUGUCCUGUUGAAUUUGGCAGGAAUUGGAGAUCACUCCUUUGAUCGCAAAAGCCUUGAGUGCAUUUGGGACCGAAUGGCCACAUACUAUUACACAGUAAUAUUCUCUAUUGUUCUUGUUUGGAUCCCAGUUAUGCUGACCGGGUUUUUUUACUUACGUAUUUAUUGUAAAUUUCGUAAAAGUAGCAAACAAGUCAUGGACCUUACUUCAUACGACCAGCAACGAAAGUCAAUGUGCUUCGCUCGUACCUUGUUUCUGAUUUACCUGGUUUUCGCGACGUGUUGGGUACCAUAUGCACUUAUUAUUGUAAUGGACAGGCAAGACACAUUUCCCCAUGAAGCACAUUUGAUUAUCACGACGUUUGCUCACUUGCAUCCAUCCAUCAAUUGGCUGGUUUACUAUAUGACCAACAAAAACUUCAAAUAUGCUUUUAAUUCAAUGAUGAAAUUUGACAUUUGUAAGAAAGAAAACAUUAAAAGGAUUCAGGUGCAACCAGCUCCAGAAUGA